CGCUGGCGGUGAGCGAUUGGCGGUUUAAACUCUAAUUCCGCAUAAGCGUCAAACCGCUGCACAGACGCGCGAUGAACGCGACUGGCAGUUGGUUCAAUUAAGCAUCCGGGAAGAGAGGAAAAGAAGAAGAAGAAGCUGCUUCUGUUUGUAUUUUGGUCAACUACUCACAAUGUCCGGCGCUGAGAUUCCCGUCGAGUUGCCUGUUCCGGAGCCACAGGGAGAGGUGCAGGCGACGGUCUCGGGCGCUGCUGCGAAGCCCAAUGGACUGAUACAAAGAGUUAUGGACUCGAACCCGUACUUUGCUGCCGGCUUUGGGUUGAUGGGCGUCGGAGUCCUCCUGGCUGCGGGCAGACAGGUCGUGACUCGGGGCUCGACCUUUCUGUACCGACAGAUGCUCGUCGAUCUCGAGAUUCCCUCAAAAGACAAGUCGUAUGUCUGGUUUCUUGACUGGAUGGCUCGCGAGUCUGUUGCUAUUCAGAAUGCGCCGCCGGAGGUCCACACAGGGCUUAAAGGGCGGCUGCUCAGACUCCGCAAUCUCUAUACCUCUUCGCAUCAUCUGAGCGUGCAGACGACGUACAAGCAGCACGACAACGGGAGCGUUACUACGAAUUUCAGUCUGGUGCCCGGACCGGGAAAACAUAUAUUGCACUACAACGGCGCGUACAUUCAGGUAAACCGAGAGCGGUCUUCCCGACUGAUGGACCUGACCUCUGGAACCCCGUUCGAGACAAUUACACUUACGACUCUCUACCGCGACCGAGAGGUUUUCCGGGAACUGCUGCAGGAGGCUAAUGCUAUGGCUGCACGCAUGAACGAGGGAAAAACGGUGAUAUACACCUCAUGGGGGCCAGAGUGGCGUCCGUUUGGCCAGCCCCGUCGUAAGAGAUCGCUGAAUAGCGUUAUUCUCGACGAUGGUGUAUCUGAGCAGAUAUUACAGGACGUCAAGGAUUUCUUAAAGUCGGGAAACUGGUACUAUGAUCGAGGUAUACCCUAUCGAAGAGGAUAUCUGCUUUACGGACCUCCUGGUAGCGGCAAGAGUAGUUUUAUCCAGGCCUUGGCUGGUGAGCUGGACUAUAACAUCUGCCUCUUGAAUCUCAGCGAACAGAACCUGACCGAUGACCGGCUGAACCAUCUGAUGAACCAUAUCCCGGACCGAAGUAUCUUACUGCUAGAGGACGUCGAUGCCGCGUUCAACAAGCGAGAACAGACCGACGAGUCCGGAUACAAACUCUCGGGAGUAACCUUCUCCGGCCUCUUGAACGCCCUCGAUGGCGUCGCAUCAUCAGAAGAGCGGCUUAUAUUCAUGACGACAAAUCAUCCCGAGCAUCUUGACCCUGCGCUCAUCCGUCCCGGACGAGUCGACGUACGCCAGCUGAUUGACAACGCGACUCCGCACCAGAUCAGGAGGAUGUUUUUGAGAUUCUACGAAGGGGCCGAAGAGCAGGCAGAGGUGUUCAUCAAGGGGGUGACAGAGUUGGGUGUGCCGGUGAGUACUGCGCAAUUGCAGGGUCUGUUUGUAUAUAAUAAGGGAGCACCGGAUAAAGCGAUUGAGAUGGUGCCGCUGCUGAAGGGUUAGAAAAUUUGUAUAUAGAAAAGUUGGUUGUUCAUCCUAGAGCUGUGUGUGUAUAGAUCUACAUAAAUAUAUUCAACACUAUAGUAUUUAU